CCUUGAUCGUACACCAAAGAUAACCAUUUCGUACCACUAGAGGCCUAGCAGUUCUUCCGGGUGCAUUUGUAUAAAAGACGCAAAAAGUCACGGUGAAUGUCAGACGCGGCAGCAGUUUUCACUCAACAACAUCCUUUGAAAAUUUAUCAAGCAGAAUGAAGAUUGCAUUGGUACUUUUUGCGUGCUUCGUCUCCCUGACUUUGCAACAGAACGUCUUCUGGUCCUUCCCAGGAAGACGCAAUCCUUAUUAUUCCAUGUUCAGUCAUAAUGCUCAAGACGAUCUGCCCAUUGUGGCUGCCCUCGAUCCUGCCGGACAUCAACUAUAUCCAAAUAACUACGGUCGACAAGCGCCGGAUGGAAUGGAACAGCGGACCCUUGAAGGAUCUAAUCUCUAUGAAAGACUGAAGCCGAAAGCGGAAUCCAGAACAUUCGGCCUAAAUUACUUGGUUAGCGUUAUCUUGAGUUCGCUGACAGUCUCCAGCACGAGCACGACAUACACGACCACCACGUCCACCAUCACAGCUGGAACAGUGAUCACGUGUUUUACCAAGACGAUGUUCAAUGCGACCACAGCUUGCCGGAGAAAGCGAGAUGCUCUGCUGAUGAUUUCCGAAGUGUUGAUUGGCGAUUAUGACGAUCAAGAGGAACCGCUCGGCGAUGAAAACGAAUGGGAUAGUGAGUUGGAGCCUUUGCCGAGAGAAAAAAGGGACGUAGAUCCAGCCCGUUUAAUCGCAUCCUCCAAAACUGAAAGUGAUCUUCAUGUCAUUGAUGUUGCUCCCAAACAAACCGAAUCGUCAGUUGAUGGUUUCUUUCGUAAAAAUCGGUCCAUCGUCACAUCAACAUUGACUUCAUAUACGGUGUCUUAUUCAACCAGUUCCAGGAUUGUAACGAAUAUCGCUUCAGCAAGUGCCCUGUCUUGCCUGCCAUCGGGAUUUACCCUUUGCUAGUUUCAAUACCAUCAUGACGUCACUCUAUUUAUAACCAACGAAACACUUCUAUAUAGGCUAACAAUUUCGGCUGGUAAUGACUAAUUAAGACGAAAGCAUGUGGUAGACUAUUAUAUUGUAGUUACUUGAUGAAUACACCUCUUCUGCAUCUACGAAAA